AUGUGGGUAAUGAGCAAAGAGAUUACGACCGACGAUCGAGAGGAUGGCCAACCGAGGUACCGACCUGUUACCGGUGCGACAUACAAAUUGGCUGCAGAAACCCCCACUACGCGACGAAAGGUCGACGGGAAACGAACGAGGACCUCUGCCAAGGGGCAACCAGAGGUUCUAAACGCGAAUAUAAAUGCCCCCCAUCUCGAAAAAUUGGCAUAUGUUUUAAAAGAACUUAUUGGGGAUGCCACAGAGGCAGUUGCGUUUAUCAAUGGACAUGCUUGUCUUGCAUUGCUAGACACAGGUAGCCAAGUUACUUCAAUUGCGAAGUCAUUUUACGACAGACAUUUAUUUAACCAACCUAUUGAACCUAUCGAGAACAUUGUUAUAAACUCAAAUAUCGGUUUCACUAAAUUGUAUUGAUGUAUUUUUAACACGUACUUUACAGACUACAUACACGGUAUUAUUAAUUCUAAGUCUAAAAAAUAGCGUUCUAUUUUUAUGGUUUUUUUACUUUAUUAACAUAACAAUAUACUAGAUAAUCUAACUAAUAAUACGCUGCAUAAUCAGCUACAUAACUUAGUAAGUUCCAACUGAAUGAGUUCUUAAUGAGUUCUUAAUGAGUUCCUAAUAUUAUAAAACGUUCAUAUUAAUAUUCUCACAAAACGCUAUUUUUUAGACUUAGAAUUAAUAAUACCGUGUAUGUAGUCGGUAAAGUACGUGUUAAAAAUACAUCAAUACAAUUUAGUGAAACCGAUAUUUGAGUUUAUAACAAACAUAGUUCGUGUUGUUGGAGCUGGUGGACAAGAGGUUCCAUUCCUUGGAUAUGUUACCAUACAUCAGUGGCGUAGCCAGCCCGACAAUUUGGUCAUGCUAUGCAAAUUUCAAAUCAUCAUUUCUUUAGAAAUUCAUUGUUUUCACGGUCUAUGAACACGGAAAUAUUUGCAUAGCAUGACCAAAUUGUCGGGCUGGCUACGCCACUGCCAUACAUGUCAGUUUUCCUGAAACCGAUGUCGGUAUUCGGGGUACUUUAACAACCCUUGCACUAGUUGUGCCCAAUAACAGCUAUAAUCAGAGAGUACCAGUUAUAAUCGGAACUAACUUAGUGAAACAAUGCAGAAAUGCAUGUCAACAAAUAACGGGCCAGAACUUCCUGCAAACUGCCAAAGUUUCAUCUGCUUGGAAACGAGUAUACCAAUUCGUCCAGUCACAGGAUCGAUUUCUUCAGCGACAAGAUAGCUUUGGCGCAAAGGUAAAAUCAACGAGUCGUCAUCCAACCACUAUAGCUGCACAUGAAACGAAGAUACUUAUUGGGUUGGCAAACAGUUGUCCAGGAUCAUUAACCCAAGUUGUUGUGGAAACCAGUACGAGAUCUGAUCAAGUAGCUGGAAUAGUUGUUACCCCAGGACUUGUUACGGUAGGUCCGCAUAAGUCGUCUUGCAGAGUACCAGUAGAGAUAACUAACAACUCUGACCAUACAGUUGUCAUUCCAGCAAAAGCUGUUCUGGCAUCACUGAAGAUCGCUAAAGAUGUAAUCACUCCUACGGCCACUGAAGACACUGCUACAACAAACUGCAAUGAUGAUUUCAGCAAUUUAUUUGAUUUAGAGGCAACAAAUUUAAAUGCCGAGCAGAAGAGAAGAACAAUGGAUAUGUUAAAGAAGGUGUCAUAA